AUGGUGAUGUCGAUCAUGGUAGGCCGAGGGAUAAAGCGAAUCGGAUGUUGUCGAGCUGUAAUUCGUUCAAUUAAAACCCUACACACACCCGUUGUCAAAACCGAUGAGCCAGCGACUAGGGUGGCCGUACUGGAGGGUAUUAAACUACUGGAUAGAGUGAUAAACUCUACCUCCUACAAUAAAUCUUUGAUAUCCACAGGUAAGUAUAGAAGCAAGCCACAGAUAAUCACAUCCCAGAAUGCACUUAAAUUGCAGAAUGUCAUCAGGGAGUUGUUAGAUUCGAAUCAGUUGAGGGAAGCGAUGAAUGAUCCCAAGUUCCUGGAUAUCAACGAGAAGUUGGGUAAAAUUGGGCUACAAUUGUUUGUCGACUGUCACGAUGGAAACAUUAUACCCAUGAGCGCUUCAUUGACUCAUAUUUUGAUGGAACAGUAUUAUAAGUCUCCUUGCAAAGAAACUCUUACAGGAAUAAUACAAAGUCUCGAGCAGGUGAGAACAUUUCUCAGGUCUAAGAAGAUCUCAGUUCAGAGUCGAGAAGAGGUCGAUGCCCUUGUUGGAAAGCUAUGCCAAACAAAUAAGGAUUCGGAAACCAUCCGCAAGGUGCUAUAUUCUUUGGAUUACAAACUUCCCUCACCAGAUAUAGUCAGAGUCGUGAAAGGGCAGAGGAUAGAGGAUGAACUUGCCAUUUCAAGAGGUUGGAGAUUUCCGGCAGGAGUUCUUGAUACCAAUGACGCUUACCUUAGAAGUUUGCAAUUACCGGAGAAGAAACUAGUUUCUAUCGAUAAAGACAUCCUUGUACUUCUCUAUGAUGGGACAUUGAAUGAUGCUAGUAAAAUCCUGCCAACGCUCAAUUAUGCUGCCAAGAACCAGAAAUCUGUAUUGGUGAUUGUGACUGGCGACUGCCUGGGCGACGCUCUGACUUCCAUCACGAUAAGCAACAACAGGAAUAGACGACAGGGAAACAAUAGCCGAACCGUCAUUAUGAAGUACGACGCAAGAGCCUGCAGUGAUUUGUCCCUGCAGGAGAACCACCAACUAAUCGAUUUUCUAGGGCUCCCAAAUGGCGCUUCCAGUAUCUAUUCUCCUGAUUUCAGUCCUUAUGUGCCAAGCACAAUGUGUGCUGAUCAAUUUUACGGCAAAUUAGACUCUUUUCAAGCAACCACUGGCGAAGCAUUCCUGCAUAACUCUGGAGUCUGGGGAGACCAGGAUACUGGCAACAAAUUCCUUCGGAUGACAAUCACUGUCAAAGUUGGAGGCACUAGCGAGCUCGAAAUUGAUCAUAGAAGAAGUGUGCUAGACAACAUAAUCAACGAUACCCUCUGUCAUGGACUAUCCACUGGAUUUGUUCCAGCGUAUGGAAUCGCCUUGGCUAAAGCCAUUCCUUCAAUGACCAGGGAACCUGAGCUUGACCUCAAGGUGAAACUAGGGGUAGACUCGGUUGUCAUGGCACUCGCUGUGCCUAUGACAAGGGCAGUUGAAAAUCUUUAUGGCCUCAGCAGGUUUCAAGUCACAGGCAUCGUUGCAGAUACCUUAAGAGAACGUAAUUUCAGCAGAGCCCCAUUGGCACCAGAUUCAGAAGCGCUCGAUCUGCUUAAGGAGGGAGUAUUAGAACCUUGGAAUAAGAUUGACAAGUGUCUUGCCAAUGUCUCAACCUUUAUCAAGCUACUAAGCAGUUGCAACACAAUCGUUGCCCAGGUCUUUGAGAAGCCUAAAAAGAGAGAAUAA